AGGCAGCGCCACACGCUCCGCCUCCUACGCUACGAUUGGCAGACGUGAAAAAACAAACCGGUUACUCAGUGUUUAUUGUACUGCCUGUGUCUACCUGGAAGGCUAAACUCAGGAAGAAAAACGUGUGACGCUUUUCAGUUUCCGGAAGAUCAUUUUAGCCUUCCUAACAGAGAGAAAAUGGAAACCUGAAAUCGCACUUUGAGCUAAACAGUCGAGCGUCUUCCAGAUAAUAUUAGAAGAAUAACCGGGUUGUACGAUCACACGGCUACUAACAUCAUUGGAAAGCAACUGGAUCUUGCUGGAGAUUGGAGAAUAUCCCUCAACCUCUCCCUUCUGAAUCAAUGGAAGGGUCUGAUAGUGUAGAGCAGAGCGGCAGUGACCAGCCGGAGUCACAGCGCAGACGGCAGCUGGACCGCCUUGACAGAGAGGAGGCAUUCUAUCAGUUUGUCAACAAUCUCAGUGAUGAGGAUUAUCGUCUCAUGAGAGACAACAAUCUCUUGGGAACCCCAGGAGAGGUAACAGAGGAUGAACUGUUACAUAGACUUCAGCAAAUCAAGGAUGGUCCAGAACAGCAGAAUAACACCCCCAGGACUGAAAGUGCAGAAGAACCAGGUGAACAACCGGAAAGCUCCGAGGAUCCUGCUGGUGGGGAUAGUCUCCUGGACUGGCUGAACACAGUGAGGCGCACAGGCAAUACAACCAGAACUGGUCAUCGUGGGAACCAGUCAUGGCGGGCAGUAAGCCAGACCAACCCAAACAGUGGAGAUUUUCGCUUCAGCCUGGAAAUCAGUGUGAACCGCAACCUGGCUGAACAGCAGGGAGCUGCUGAAGGAGAGCAGGAGUCUCCAGAGGGUCAAGCAGCAGCAGCAGCUGUGCUUGCAAAUGCAGAUGCAGAUGCAAAUCUUGAACCACAGGUCCCUAUGGAGACAGAAGUGGUAGAAGAACCAGUUGUAGAGGAGUUGGCUGUCAUAGUGGAACCAGAGCCUGAACUAGAAGAGGUUGUUUCACAGGAGAUACUAGGAGAACCACCCAGCUCACCAGCUGUCCCGCCUCCAGUUGUCCCGCCUCCAGCUGUUCCGCCACCAGCUGUCCUGCCACCAGCUGUCCUGCCGGUACAACCUAUACUUCCUCCUUCUCCACGCAGAGGACAAAGGAGAGCUCGCAGCCGCAGUCCAGAACCACGCAGGACCAGGGCACGUACAGCCAGGAGCCGGUCCCCUCUCAACCUAGAUCAGCUGGAGGAUCUCCCUAAUCCACGUCAUGCUCCCAGCUCUCAAGGCCUCAGCUCUGACACCAACACUCCCCCUGUACCUCCAGUGGAGGGCAGUUCUCGGACUCGACAACAUGUUCUCUCCAGGCAAAGCAAUGCUGAGAGUGAUGCUCAGCCAUCUAGGGCUGGAGCAGAAUCAGUCCCAGAGGCCCAAAACGUCAGAUCUCAGGAAGGAGAAACUGCUGGGGGGGAAGGGGGUGCAGCUGGGCGCCGGCCCCCUACCAUCAUGCUUGAUCUCCAGGUGCGUCGUGUGCGUCCAGGCGAAUAUCGCCAAAGAGACAGCAUUGCCAGUCGUACACGCUCACGCUCCCAGAACUCAAACAACACAUUUCUUUAUGAAAGUGAGCGUGGUGGAUUUCGUAGGACUUUCUCACGCUCGGAGCGUGCUGGUGUGAGGACCUACGUCAGCACAAUUCGCAUCCCUAUCCGGAGAAUCUCUGAUGCAGGUUUGGGAGAGGCAACCUCAAUGGCUCUCCAGUCUAUGAUCCGUCAGAUCAUGACAGGCUUUGGUGAACUCGGCUACCUCAUGGAUUCAGACUCUGACUCUUCAGAUUCAAACCGUGGAGCCACCACACCUGCGGAUCUGACUGAAGCCCUCAACAACCCAGAUGCUACCACUGCUGCGACUCCUGCUGCUGAGGUUGAUGAACCACCUGUGGCUGCUGGAGUCAGAGCAAGGACAGUUGAGACUGAUAUGGAUGAGGGUCUUGCCAAUGGUCCACCUGCCUCUGGUGGCAGGGCUCGACCUAGACCUCCUAUCAGCCUAGAAGAGCCCAGCUCACUGCCCUUCCUCCGACUCGCUCACUUCUUUCUCCUAAAUGAUGACGAUGAGGACCAGCCCCAAGGGCUGACCAAAGAGCAGAUUGACAACCUCUCCAUGCGCAACUUUGGUGAGAGUGAUGCCUUGAAGACUUGCAGUGUCUGCAUAACAGAGUAUGCAGAAGGUAAUAAGCUACGUAAGCUGCCCUGCUCUCAUGAGUACCAUGUGCACUGCAUCGACCGCUGGCUGUCUGAAAACUCCACUUGCCCCAUCUGCCGCAGGGCAGUCCUGGUAUCUGCCAACCGAGAGAGUGUGGUUUAGCUCAUAACAGACUGCAGGCCUUCUUGUCUCAACCUAAAUAAUCUAAUAUCCCAAGUCCGUAAGAGGCUUUGAGGAAAUGUGUCUCCACUGUUGAAAUGUAUUUCCUUCAUACCAUUUGUGAGUUUUAUCAUAAUGCAGUCACAGGUUUGGUUUGGGGUGCACCAUGCAGUGGAGUGUAUCUCUUAAGACAUUUAUUUCUACAGUCCAAAGUUACACACAAGCAAUGCAUGCUGUUUGAAUCAACCUGUAGUGACCAAGCAGUUGGAUGCAUUGCAUCAAGCCAUGCGCACAAGCAGACUUGUAUCUCAUAAAGAAUCCCCCGGUUGUAAAUGCUGCACACCUGCUGGUAGUUCAGGCACUUCAAAUCUGCUCUUUUGUAUUAGCUACCAAAUGGCGCCUUAUAUACCAUAAGGUGGGUAUUGGUACAAGUCUUAGUUACACCAGUUCAAAGUAUUAGCUGUAAAUAAGCUUGUAAAAAUAAUUUUGAAUCAUACUUUGUAUCAGUGAAUUGGUUUUGGAUUGUAAAUUAUCUCAUAUGAAGAUUAGGGUUGUAUUGACCACAAUUAUUCUCUAUCAGAGCAUCCCUAAAUUUGGUGUUAAAACUUAGAGUUGGUAUCGGUGUACACAGCAGAUCUAUUUAGAGAUUGUGACGUUUAAGAGGAUGUAGGACUUUUACUGGUUUGCCAUUUAAAGUGUGACUUGUACUCUCCCUUCUUUGUUCACCUGAAACAAACAAUUUUCAAGUGGCACCAUGACAUGAAAAUUUGCAGUGUGCUGAAUUGUUUUAAAAAGUAGAAAGUUGUACAGGCAUAAGACACAUGCAACUAGGUUACUUUUGCAAAGUGGAAGUUGAUUUUGGAAUUAUUAAACCUUUAUUUUUUAUUUUCUCGAUCAUUAAAAAUGAUCAAAUAGUAUUCAUACCAGAAAUUAGGGAUGUCUCAAUAUUGGUAGUAGAUAUUGGGUUGAUAUCAAGUUGCUGGCAUGUGAAUUUUCCCAACUCAAAAAUAUUAUACUAACAGGCAUGACAUGUCAGAAAUGUAUAUGUGGUAGCUUUUCCUUUUCACCCACAUUUACUUUUUAAUGUACAAGAAUGAUUUCUCAAUCAUUUCAUCCUGUCAUCCAUCAGCUACUGGUCUAAUUCUUUACUGUUCCACUAACAUAAUGGAUUGUCUUUAAUUAUUGACUCAUGAAUUAAGUUCUAUAAGCUGGUAUUGGUAUAAAUACAUGAAAUAAUCGGAAGUUGACCUAAGUCUCAUGUCAGAAUAUAACUUUUUACCUGUAGGUUCACCUCAAUGUACAAGUCAAUAUUUCCAUCAUCAAUCUAAAGGUUUGGGUGUUGGAUGUAUACCAAGUCUGAAAAGAGUCACAUCAUUGUUGUUCUGUAAGGCUCCACUAGAAAGUUGAGAUGCUCGCCCACUGUGCCCUCUUUCUGCCUCAUGUGCAGAUGCUCAUAUCAGUGUGCAAUACACAAGUGAAAGUAGGGGAAUACAAACCAUGAUAUAAAUGUAUGCUAUUGUUAAAACUGUUAAUGGCUAAAAUCUUAAAUGAAGACUUAUUUGAAGUACAUUUAAUUUUAUUUAGAGGUUCUGUAGGUUUUUAAUAGCACUGUUGAUAACAAGAUCACUGGCUAGGGGAAGAAAAGGGCAUCACUCUAAUGCCAUCCUGUCAUGUUUCUUGUUUCACUGUUUGAUGUCUUUGCCACAAUUAUUACUUCCCUUUGUGGGGCAUAAAAGUUUGAAUGCAAGACGUUGUCAUUGUUGAAUACCAUUAACCUGUAAAUGAAAUGUAUGUUCCCUCUGGGGCCAUUCUUUCCUAGUUUUGGCCUUGUUCUGUGACCCACCCAGUGCAGUAUGUUAACUGGGUGUUAAGAUGAAACUAACCGCUGAAUUAAACAACUUGUUAUGCUACAAAAUGCA